AUGGCAGCUGCUAUGGCUACAUCAAUGGCCAUCCUCAGCCCCAAAAGCUUCGCCGCCACAAACCCCAAAACCCCAAACACCUCGAAGCCCGCGAAGCAAAUCCCUCUUUUCCCCAUCCAAAUCCUAACGAAGAGCUUCUCCUCCUCCUCCUCCUCCUCCUCUUCCGCGGCCGCUCAGCCCACCGCCUCCGUCGCGGCCGGCGCCGUGUUCGCCGCCAUCGCCGCCGCGGACCCCGCCAUCGCCGCUCAGCAGCUGGCGGAGAUCGCCAACGGCGGCGACAGCCGCGGCGUCGCGCUUCUGAUCCCGCUGGUCCCCGCAGUCCUCUGGGUGAUGUACAACAUCCUCCAGCCGGCGCUCAACCAGAUCAACCGGAUGAGAAGCGCCAAGGGGGUGGUGGUCGGGCUCGGGCUGGGCGCGCUCACCUCGUCUGGGUUCUUCAGCCCGCCGGAGGCCUCGGCCGGGGAGAUCACCGCCGUGGCGGAGGCGGCAGCAGCGGACAACCGGGGGCAGCUCCUGCUGUUCGUGGUGGCGCCGGCGAUCGUCUGGGUGCUGUACAACAUCUUGCAGCCGGCUUUGAACCAGAUUAACAGGAUGAGGUCAGAUUGA